AUGUCUGGACAACCAGUUCGUCUAUAUUCCAAAGGUCGCGUACUCGGCUACAAACGUGCUAAACAUAAUCAAUCACCUAAUACGACAUUAAUCAAAAUUGAAGGUGUAUCGUCUAAAGAGGAAACACAAUUCUAUUUGGGUAAACGUGUAGCCUAUGUUUAUCGUGCAAAGCGUGAGAAAAAUGGAAGUAAAAUCCGCGUAAUCUGGGGCCGUGUAACUAGACCGCAUGGUAAUGGUGGUGUCGUGAGGGCAAAAUUCAGAAAUAACCUCCCGCCAAAAAGUUUCGGUGCAAGCGUUCGAAUUGUGAGUACAAGAAUUCUAUUUUAUAAUGUCGAUGUAUGA